AUGGCGGACCAACCCACGACGAAGAAGUUUGCCAAGGGCGAGCGGUCGAUACCGCACCACUCCCAGAAGGCCAGCAAAUACUACCCGGCUGACGACGCCGCCGUGCCCAAGAAGGCUCGCAAGGCUGUCCGCCCGGCCAAGGUUCGCCAGUCUCUCUCUCCCGGCACCGUCGUCAUCCUCCUCGCUGGCCGCUUCCGCGGCAAGCGUGUCAUCGUCCUCAAGCACCUCGAGCAGGGUGUCCUCCUCGUCACCGGUCCCUUCAAAGUCAACGGCGUCCCCCUCCGAAGGGUGAACGCCCGGUACGUCAUUGCGACCUCGACCAAGGUGGAUGUUGCUGGUGUCGACGACUCCGUCCUGAAGAAGGCCAGCGAGUCCGGCUACUUCACCAAGGACAAGGCCUCCAAGAAGACCGGCGAGGAGGCUUUCUUCAAGCAGGGCGAGGCCCCCGAGAAGAAGGAGACUUCCAAGGACCGUGUCGCAGACCAGAAGGCCGUCGAUAAGGCCCUGCUCGCGACCAUCAAGAAGGAGGCUCACCUUGUCGACUACCUCAGCUCCACUUUCAGCCUCCGUAGCUCAGACAGGCCACACGCGAUGGCCUUCUAG